AUGGUCCUCCUCGCCAAGACUAAAUGGCUGAAAAGCACCAACGAGCUCCAAAGCUGCCUCGACAUCAACUUCAGCUCUUGUUACAGAUGUCAAGGCCACUCCAAAAACAAGCCAACCUGCGAUAACCCCAUCAACCAAGCGUCUCGAUCAGAGCUUCCGUCCGUCGUGCUUUAUAUCAUCAAUAGUGGCAGCCUGGCGUCUGCCUCGAACCACCUCGAGCGACUCGCUAAGCUGGUGCUGUGCAAGAGGUCUCAUCAAGCCCAGGCUACCGACCUGGCAACGCAAUGGAGAAGUCGAAUUCGCGUAUACCUCGGUAUCGGGAGAGAUUCUGUCGCCUCCAAGAAGGAGUCGAAGGGUUCUGUGCGACCACACAACACAACGACUUCGUCACCUCAGCCGAUGAGACGAGCCGCACAAGAGGACAGAACCCCAACUCCAACGACAGCUAUCCUCCCAGAAGAGAUCAACAAAAAGCUCGCCAGAAAACCUGGGGCACCUUGCCACUGCGAGAUAGAACACCAAGGAUUCUCCGAGGCUGAAAUAUCGAGGGCCAAGGCGGUAGAGGAGAUGUUGCAGGCGUGGGCGAGGCUUCGAGCAUUCGAUGAGGAAAGCAAGGUUACGCCUCAGCUGUCGAGGAGGUUGAUCGAGCUGGAUUUGGAUGAUUCUACUUGCUGGGAGGUGUUCGUUUCAAAGGGCGUCAGAGGGCGUCAAACGACGAUCAACGAUGGCGAUGAUACAAGAGAAAGGAGUCGAAAAGAGUGA